AUGAAUCUGAAAAUCAUAUCAUGGAAUGUUAGGGGCCUCAAUGAUAAAGGGAAAAGGAACAUCAUCAAGUCAUUGAUCCAGGAGUGGAGAGCAGACAUCUAUUGCUUCCAAGAAACUAAAUUGGAAGGUAAUGUCUACAUGUUUGUUAAAGAAAUAUGGGGGAAUAGAUGGGAGUUUACUUGGCACAUCACUGGGGUUUAUGGCUCAAAUGAUAGAAUCGAGAGACAAGGAUUGUGGUGGGAGCUGGCUGCUAAUAGAGGAGCUUACACAGGGCCAUGGGUGAUAUGUGGUGACUUUAACAUCACUAGAUAUGCUGCAGAAAGAAGAAAUUGCACCAGGCGCAAUAGAGCAAUGAUCGAAUUCUCGGACCUAAUAAAUGAACUAGAACUAAUUGAUCUUCCUUUGGAGGGAGGAAUCUACACUUGGUAUAAGGGGAUCAAUCAUUUGGUUGCGUCAAGAUUAGAUAGGUUUCUAGUUUCCACCGAAUGGGAUGAGGAAUUCAGGCCUGAUUAUAUUUUAGCAACCAAACUAAAGCUAUUGAAGGCCAAAUUGAAGGAGUGGAGUUCAAGUAACUAUGGCAACCUGGGAGCGAAAAAGUCUGCACUUUUAGAACAACUGCUACAAUUUGAUAGGAUCCUGGAACAAAGAAAUCUCACAGAUGAUGAACUGAUUACCAAAGCCAAUGUAGAAAUAAUGAAGUUCCAUGAAAUCGCUAAAUAUGAAGAAACAACAUGGAGACAAAGAUCCAGAGUUCUUUGGUUAAAACAGGGAGACAAGAACACCAAGUUCUUCCAUAGAAUGGCAAAUGCUCACAGAAGAUUCAAUACUCUGGACAAGCUGGAAAUUAAUGGAGAGCAAAUAACUGACUCAGAGGUCAUUAUAAAAGAGAUCGUAGAGUUUUACAUAUGUUGA